AAACUGUAGCCCACUAAAGGGUCCAUGAAAUAAACAGACACUUUUUGAAUCUCGUCUUCCUCGUAUUUUCUGAAUUUCCCGUCGGAGAUCGGAUUCUGGUUUUCCAGGCCCAUUCUCUCCCCGUCUCUCUCCCUUACAGCAUUAUCAAAUAUUGGGAAUAAAAGGAGAGAAAAAAGAACAAGAUGGGAGUGAAGCAAGCAUUAAGAGCUAUUGAUGCAUUUCCACGUGCUGAAGAUCAUUUGUUGCAGAAAACCAAGUCUGGCGCCCUCGUUUCGGUUGUGGGUCUGGUUAUCAUGGCAACAUUAUUCUUACAUGAACUGAGUUACUAUCUUAAUAUAGAUACGGUUCAUCAGAUGGCUGUUGACUUGAGACGUGGAGAAACUCUUCCCAUUCACAUAAAUAUGACAUUCCCCUCUUUACCUUGUGAUGUUCUAAGUGUGGAUGCUAUUGAUAUGUCGGGGAAGCAUGAAGUAGAUCUUGAUACAAACAUAUGGAAGCUUCGCUUGAACAGUGAUGGCCAUAUCAUUGGCACCGAAUAUUUGUCAGACCUUGUUGAGAAGGAACACGAAGCUCAUAAGCAUGAUGUGCACAAAGACCAUCACGAAGAUUCGGAUAAGAUCCAUCUUCAGGGCAUUGAUGAAGAAUCUGAAAAUAUGAUCAAGAAGGUUAAGCAAGCAAUGGCUGUUGGGGAAGGAUGCAGGGUGUAUGGUGUAUUGGAUGUCCAGCGAGUUGCUGGGAAUUUCCACAUAUCCGUUCACGGAUUGAAUAAUUUUGUUGCUCAAAUGAUUUUUGAAGGGUCUACACAUGUCAAUGUAAGCCAUAUCAUCCAUGAUUUGUCAUUUGGGCCCAAAUAUCCAGGUAUUCAUAACCCGCUUGAUGGAACAUCGCGAAUUCUGCGUGGAGCAAGUGGCACAUUCAAAUAUUUCAUUAAGGUUGUUCCAACUGAGUAUAGGUAUAUAUCGAAAGAAGUUUUACCGACUAAUCAGUUUUCUGUGACGGAGUACUUUUCUCCCAUCAAUGAGUUUGAUCGGACAUGGCCAGCUGUAUACUUCUUAUAUGAUUUAUCACCAAUUACCGUGACCAUCAGAGAAGAACGUCGCAGUUUUCUGCACCUUAUCACUCGGCUCUGUGCAGUUUUGGGUGGGACAUUUGCCUUAACAGGCAUGCUAGAUAGAUGGAUGUACAAGCUUCUUGAAGCUGUUACAGAGAAAAAUAGCAGAACUAUUGUGCGAUAAACGUGGAGACAUUGCACUACUGAUAUGUUCAGUCAAGCUAAAUUGCAGAACUGGUGCACUAGGGCUGGAGUUUUAGCCAACAAAGCAGAAUCAACAGCAAGUUUAUGUACACUAGAACAUAAACUGUCUCUUUAUCCUUGUGAUUUUGGUGCACUAGAACAAAUACCCUACCAUACCAAGUUUAUUCUUGCUGAUUGAGAGGAAAAAAUUCAUUCACUGGUCAAUGUAACAAAAAUCCGAGAUGUCGCUCAAAGUUUUGAACAUUUCUUCUCAUUUUUGUUCACUUAGUUGAGAAUUAUCAUAAAUGAGUAUGUUGACCUAUUUUGUGCUUUACUACAGCCAUUGUGCUUAAGGUGGUA